GUCAAAGCACAUCGAGCUCACAAAGUCCAUAUUCAAAACUGAGGAAGAGCCAUGGAGUGCUGAACAUGCUAGGAUGGGGCAUUUUGAUGAUAAUUGGAGUGUUGUAUGCGGAUUUGUCUUAAACAAUAAGCUCAAUGCUGAUGUCUCCACCCACAAAGCUCUUGGUAUCAUCAUUCUUGUGCUUGGAUGUCUUCAGGUGAUGGCCCUUUUGGUUCGACCAGAGAAGGAGUCCAAAGCACGAAAAUACUGGAAUUGGUACCAUCAAGGCGUAGGGAGGAUUCUCCUCAUUUUGGCAAUAGCAAAUGUUUUCUAUGGAAUUCAUUUAGGAGAAAAAGGAAAGGCAUGGAAUGCUGGCUAUGGAGCUGUUCUUGCUAUUUUAGUUGUUACUGCUGUUAUUUUUGAGUUAAGAUUGUGGUUUAAAAAAUAAUGAGUGUUUGUGGGGUACUCUCUCUUAUUUAAUUAUUAAUUAGCAUCGCUAAUUGAAAACUUUCUUGUUGAUUAGCAUAAUAGUGAAUUUGAAGUGAUACACAUCAUUA